AUGUUCUUCAGGAUUUCCGCAUCACCAUGAUGGUGUCGUUACAGAUUAUGUUAGCUAUCUAGCUGAGCGAUUUGUGGCAAGAGGCAUUGUCAUCAUGUAAAGGACUGUCUAACCACGGUGUAGUUUUCAUUUAAAAGUGAGGCUGUGACCCUGGGUAACAGGAGGCACCCUGAGACCAUGUUGGCUCGCCUGUUCAGGCUCCAUGGCCUGCUGGUGGCCUCCCACCCGUGGGAGGUAAUAGUGGGCACCCUCACUCUCACCGUCUGUCUCGUGUCUAUGAACAACCUGGCAACCAGCAGCCAGAUGUGCACCUGGAAUAAGUGCCCCAAAGUCGAGGAGAAAGUCGACAGCAGUGACGUAAUCAUCCUAACGAUCACACGAUGCAUGGCCAUCGUUUAUAUCUAUUUCCAGUUCAAGAAUCUGCGACAACUGGGGUCCAAAUAUAUACUGGGUAUUGCAGGUUUGUUCACGAUGUUUUCCAGCUUUGUUUUCAGUACAGUGGUCAUCCACUUCUUUGGGAAAGAGCUGAUGGGUCUAAAUGAAGCCCUGCCAUUCUUCCUCCUGCUCACUGACCUGUCCAAAGCCUGUGCGUUGGCCAAGUUCGCCCUCAGCUCAAACUCUCAGGAGGAGGUGAGGGAGAACAUCUCCCAGGGCAUGGCCAUCCUGGGCCCCACCUUCACCCUGGAUGCUCUGGUUGAGUGUCUGGUCAUUGGGAUUGGCACCAUGUCAGGUGUGCCUCAAUUGGAGAUCAUGUGUUCUUUUGGCUGUUUGUCUGUCCUGGCCAAUUACGUUGUCUUCAUGACCUUCUUCCCUGCGUGUGUCUCCCUGGUCCUGGAGCUGUCCAGGGAAAGUCGGGAGGGUCGUCCAAUCUGGCAACUGAGCCACUUUGCCCACGUGCUGGCUGAAGAAGAGGACAACAAGCCCAACCCUGUGACCCAGAGAGUUAAAGUCAUCAUGUCUCUGAGCCUGGCCUUGGUUCACGCUCACACUCGACUAGCAGCUGAGCAUCCAGGUCACAACCGCUCGAUGGAGGGACCAAUAGCUAAGAGACUGGACUCUGGUGGUGCUAUGUGGCCUCUGAAGCUCACCAGUAUGGACCUGGAGCAGGUGAUAACUCUUGGUCUCGCCCUGCUCUUGGCUGUGAAGUACGUCUUCUUUGAGCAAACGGAGACAGAGUCUUCCCUGUCCCUCAUGAGUCCCAUUAUCAGCUCUCUUCCAAGCCAGAAGCCCAAGUUGGCAGAGGACUGCUGCAGGAGGGGCUUUCCAGCCCCGAAACCCCAGGCGACCGUGAACGGUACCUUAGCAACCAACCCUACCUCGCCAGCUGUCUCAGUCUCUAAACUUUCCCCUGAGGCUGGCACGGCGUUCGGAGAGACGGAAGUGACUCAGCCUCCAGCAGCCUCCGGGGAGAACGGCCUCUGUGUUUCAGGUUUCGGGGACUCUUUUGCUCCGACAACACGCGUUCCUCAUAGUAGCUGUAAUUCCGAGACCCGGCCGCUGGAGGAAUGUAUGGCCAUCCUCUCCGAUCCACAGAGGGGGGCCCGUUUUCUCAGCAAUAAAGAGGUGAUGAACCUGGUUACCUCACGUAACAUCCCGAGCUACCAACUGGAAGCUGUCCUGGAGACUCCAGAGAGGGGCGUGGCCAUCAGGAGGGAAAUGCUUUCACCCAAACUGCCUGUUCUCUCUGCUUUGGCUUCUCUGCCUUAUAAAGACUACGACUAUUCCAAGGUGAUGGGCACUUGCUGUGAGAAUGUGAUUGGCUACAUGCCGGUGCCAGUUGGAGUGGCUGGUCCCCUCCUGUUGGAUGAGAAGCGGUUUUACAUUCCCAUGGCGACCACAGAGGGUUGCCUGGUAGCCAGCACUAACAGAGGAUGCAGGGCGCUCUCUCUGAGCGGGGGUUGCCGCAGCAGGAUCCUAGCAGACAGUAUGACCAGGGGUCCUGUGGUGAGGCUGCCCUCAGCGUGCCGGGCCGCAGAGGUCAAAGUCUGGCUCGAGACCUCAGAUGGAUUCGGCGUGAUCAAAGAGGUUUUUGACCAGACCAGCAGGUUUGCUCGACUGGAGAAGCUGACGGUGGGCUUAGCGGGGAGGAACUUGUACAUUCGCUUCCAGUCUCAGACAGGAGACGCCAUGGGCAUGAACAUGCUUUCCAAGGGGACCGAGCAGGCUCUGCACAGACUCCGGCAGCAGUAUCCAGACGUGGAGGUGCUGUCGGUCAGUGGCAACUAUUGCACCGACAAGAAGUCCGCCGCCAUAAACUGGAUCCUGGGUCGGGGGAAGUCUGCUGUGUGUGAGGCCUCCAUCCCUGCCAACGUGGUCCGAGAGGUGUUGAAAAGCAGCGCAGCUUCUCUGGUGGAUCUGAACAUCAACAAGAACUUGGUGGGCUCGGCCAUGGCUGGCAGUAUCGGGGGUUUUAAUGCUCAUGCCGCCAACAUUGUAGCAGCCAUCUACAUCGCCUGUGGACAGGACCCGGCUCAGACAGUCGGGAGCUCCAACUGUAUCACGCUGAUGGAGCCUGCUGGUCCAGAGGGGGAAGACCUGUACAUCAGCUGCACUAUGCCCUCCAUAGAGCUGGGCACUGUGGGAGGGGGCACCAACCUGGCUCCACAGCAGGCCUGUCUGCAGAUGCUCGGCGUCCACGGUACCAGUUCCGACCAGCCAGGCGAUAACGCCCGUCAGCUGGCGCGUGUGGUUUGUGCCACGGUGCUGGCGGGGGAGCUCUCCCUGAUGGCCGCUUUAGCUGCUGGACACCUCGUCAAGAGCCACAUGGCCCACAACAGAUCCAAAACAAACCUGUCGGAAACACCUUGAUCAAAAACAGAGACGGCCGUUUGACGUCAAAUGUUGACGGCGCCCUCUAUAGAGGCGACUGGGACUGAACGAGCAGCUGGCAGAAGAAAACUUCCCAGUGAGACCUGAGAGGAUCGAAUCGUCUCCUAUUGGCGUCGUUGUGAAGGGAGCGCCGUGGGCGGAGGACGUCCAGGCUAAUGACCACACCCAACACGCUGACGACCACCGUCAGCGUGUGCUUGCCGGCCUCGUGUGUCGCCCCACUGAUUGCAAACCGGCUUUUCGGGUUGGGAUAUUAUGUUAAGGGACUUAUUUGUUUGCAUCUGAACAUUGCAGUUGUUUUUGUUAUUGGCACUGAUCUUUCAGACAGCUGUGAAUUAUUGAUGUUGUUUGGAUUGGAUACACUCCACCAUGCUGCAAGUCUUGGAACAAGUAUCCUGUGUGUGUGCCUCUACACUCUCAGCCAAAAGCAACUUGCGUCUCCUAUCAAACAAUCUAAUGACAUAACUAACCACAAUAAUUCUUGUAUGUUUUUUUUUUUUUUCAGUCCAAAAUGCAUGAAGAGAGGUUGCCAACAGCGGGAACAUAUUUGUGUUUGAGCAAUCGAUCUUUGCACUUGCCAAAAGCUAGCUAGAGAUGGCGCUGUUACUGCUAUAGGUGAUAUUUGCGCCUGUUUAAAAUGCCAACUUUCUGCCUGAAUGUAGGUUGUACUAAAUCGGUGUUGUAGGAUAUCACUUGCACAACCCUUUACUGAUUCAAGGUGCUACUGUAUACUGUAGAAUGAGCGUGGCUAAUGGAAGGAAGGAAAGGUUGUUGUCACAAGGUGACUUGUUUGGAUGAAUUGUUAAAGGUUUUCUUUGUGUCACGGCGAAUAAGAUCCCUGGAAAAUCAAAGCCAUAUUUAGUAAUUUAAUAAACUUUCAUGAUCUACUA